UCAGAAAGAGAGAGACAGCACGAGAGCAAGCACAUCCAGCCGACCCCCUCUUGGUUCAUCCACCCACUCUAUCACCUUCUUUGCCGAUGCUUCAGUUUUGCUGAUCUCCUAAAGCUUCUGUCCCAAUCAAGAACAGACCAGAGUGGGAAGACGUAGCCUCUAGCCACUCCUGGAUGCCAACAUGAGGCCAGUGUCUUUGGUGCUGUUCCUCACCUUCAUUCCGCUGGCUUUCAAUGCCGGCCACAUCCUACAAGGAGUAGCAGACGGGGAAAGCAAGGAGCAGAAAGUGUGGGCCAGAGCAGGGAGUUCAGCUGUGCUACCUUGCCACCUGAGCCCCAGAAAGAGGUGGAAGAGCUUGAAGGAGCUGCAUGACAAGACAUCUGUGGUGUGGAAGCGGCAUGGAGGAAGUUCCCACCAGGAGCCACACAUAGUGCUGGAAGUGGAGUAUACGGGUCUCCGGAAGACAGCGCGACCCAUGAGGCCCCGGGUGUCGGUCCAGGACUCUGCCUUACGCAAUGGAAUUUUCUCACUGCGAAUCGACCCCGUCUGGAGCGAGGAUGCUGGGCUGUAUGAAGCACAGGUGGCGUACGACAUGGAGGUCCAGAGCUGCCAGGUGGAGCUGGGGGUGAUUACAGUAACCAUCAGCCCACCCAGUCCUGUGGUAGAGAAUGAGCCGCUCUUGUUGAGCUGCAACUCCAGCCACCGGGCUAGACUUGUGGAGACACGCUGGUUUCACAACGGGCACCUGUUCCCCACCUCCAGGACCUUCUGCUCCUUGCAUGGGGCUCUCUCCAUCCCUCAGCCAGCCAUGAGUGAUGCAGGCUCCUGGCGUUGCCAGCUCAGAUACUCUGAUAACGAGAUCAUUUCUGCCACGUACAACCUACAAAUUCUAGGUUUUGAUGGCCCAGCCAACCCCAUGGUGUAUGCAGCAGCUGGCUCUGCAGCUGACCUACCGUGCACCCUGAGUUACCUUCCCAGUGCCUUUGGGACCAACAUGGUGACAGCCCACUGGAGCCACUUUGCAGGAGGACACUUGCAAGACUGGAGUAUUCCUCAGAAUUCAAGCAGUAGAAGCUUCCCCCUUCGUCUCCCUGUGGUGGGGCCAGGCGAUGCAGGGCAGUACCGCUGUGCCAUCUCUGUUGGCAGCAAGACAGUCAGCAGGGAUGUGACCUUGGCAGUGGUUACAGUCACCCCAAGCAUCCAAGGACCAGUUUCUGAGGGGUCUCACUUGCUGCUCAUCUGCAGCCUCAUACAUCCCCGCGGACAUGAACGUUACCAGUGGAAGCACCUUGACUCAGCACCCACUAACAGCAAACUGGCUGUGGCCACCCCUCAUAACCUGGAUGGCCACACGUCCCAGACUAGCCCUACCUUGGAAAUACUCCGUGUGUCACAAAAGGAUACAGGCACAUGGGAAUGCAGUGUACAUGGCCCAGAAGGCAGACUUGGAGCAGUGGAGUAUGGGUUGCAGAUCACAGGUGCCCACAUCUCCAGCCCUCCCAGCAUCUUCAGUGGGCAGGUUACUUUUGGGCUAAUGCUCACCCUCUUCCUCCUCCUUAUGGUCUGUGUUCUGGCUUUCACAGUGCAAAAAAGGGCACGGUAUCCUGCUUUCCCAGCACUGGAAGGGAUGGUUGCAGUCACUGUGCCAAGGAAGAAGGAGAUGGAGGAGAACCAGAAAGAGAAGAUUCAGCAGACUGAAUGCUGAUGGGAGCAGGGACACCAGGCCCGGUCUAGAUGGGAGGCUGAAACUCUUGUGUGCCAUGCUGCAGAGAGAUGGGCACCAUGCAAACUUCUAAGGAGGGUCUAGGGAUGGCAUGACCACAGCAGGAGGCCAUGGGAGCUCUAUACCUGCGGAGGGGCUGGAGGCUGUUGUAGCAGGGCAAGUUGAGACCCACUGCUGCAGUAAGGUGACAGGCGGCACAGACGCUUUGGAACUGUUGGGAAUAUUUGAGCCAGUAGCUCUUGCCUGCUUCAGUGUCACUUCUCCCUUCCGCCCUUUGCCCCACCUUCAUGGCCUCUCUCACAGUCUUUCCCUGGUGGGAUACUUAAACGUGGGAGAUGGCUGGAACCCAGCUCACCUGCAGCCCAAUGGUGUUUUGUUCCCCCCGUCUAUUUUCUCCUCCCUCUCCCCAUAUUGUCCUGCUCUUUUGCUCAUUCAGUGGCACGGGGGACCCCACAGAGGACUGCACAUGUUGCAUAUUUUGAGCAUUUUAUUUUAUUAGAAACUCAUUGUAGAACCUAAAAUAAAUCCGUCUGACAAAAAAACCCUCUGUGUGCACUUGUGGAGGAUCAUGCUUGUUGACAGUGCCGGGUGUAGCUCUCCCUGUGUGAAACAGCUUCUAAGGACU